ACGUUUUUAGGUGUAGUAUAAUUUAUUUCAUAUAUUUUGGGGGGAGGUAUUUCCUGGUUGCACCAACUGCCCAAGCUGACUGGUUACUAUGGUUACAUCGACACAACUACGCCGGGGUUUCCUGCCGUGUGGAGUUUCGUUGUCCUAUAACAGGGAUAUAACUUAUAAUAAUCAUCGUAAAACGAAGCAAAUGUCACGUAUAGAUUUUUUUAGAUUAGUCUGACCAAGUAAAUGUGUAUACAUUUCAACAGUUUUUUCACAAAAGGUAUUAAUAACGUUUCUCCUCGUAACAACCAUCAUGGAGGUCGGAGAUAAACUGAAAGAGCUCAACAUGACAGCGGACGAAAUCGGCAGACUCACAAGUGCUUUCAAAGACGACAAGUUCAGGAUAAUGCUGCGCGAUUACGCCGAAGAAAUAUCAGACCCCGAGAACCGGAAAAGGUACGAAGAGGAGAUCAAAAUUUUGGAGCAGGAGAGAGGAAACACUAUCGACUUCCUCCACCCCGCACCAUUUAGGGCCAUCAAAACGAGCGUGGAUGGCAAGAAGAAAUGUUUCAUCAACAUCUGCGCCAAUGAGAAAGUUGGGAAACCUGCGGCUAAGUGUGUUGUGGAGGACGGCCACAGGGGGCAGCGUUGGUCCCUGCCUCACAGCCUGCACCCAGGGAGACAAGACAAGGACCCUAAAGGUAACAAAAUCGUGAUUUAUGAUGUUGUUUUCCACCCUGACACUCUCCACAUAGCAAGCAAAAACAAGAGAUUCAUGAAUAUGGUGGACGACACGGCCAUUCAGGGAAUUCAGGAUGCCUUUAAAGUGACUCUGGAUAAAAACAACGUGAAAGAGCUGAAAAUAAAAUACAAAGGGACACCGCAUCCUUGUGUAAUUCGCAAACCUAUACCUGGAUAUGAAGCCAAGAAGCCCACAGAAGAGCCAGACCCUCUUGCCUUCCCAUACCCAGAUGAAAAAAGAUCUAUUGCAAAGCCUGCGACAACAGCCAGCAGUGAGGCUAAACCUAAAAUCUUCCCCAUACAACCUCAGCAACCCAAAGAGCCAACCAAGCCGAACUACACAGUAAAAUAUAGAUCUUUUAUAGAUCUGCAGGACUUUAGAUGCUCUAGGGACUCGGCCCAAAGCCCCAGGCCCAAAGAGAUAGUGGUUACCAUUGACAUGCCGCUCCUGAAGUCGGUCACAGACACUAACCUUGAAGUUACGGAGAAGAGCCUGCUGCUGGAGUCCGAGAAACCGGCCUACAGACUGGAGCUGCCUCUCGCCUACCCUGUGGACGAAGACAAAGGAAAGGCCAAGUUCAACAAACAAACAGGGCAGCUCACCGUCACACUGCCCGUUCUUCCUCCCGAUCUGACCUCGGAUAUUUUUAAUGGGACUGCAGCUGACUUUUGGAGUGAUGGUGAGGUCCAGGAUAAGGAAGAAGAGGAUGAAUGGGAAGAGACAAGAGCUGAGGCAAGGGUAAAGGAGGAAAGACAGAUAGAAAAGCUGGAUUUGAAGCAAGAGACACCGGUAGAAGAAAAAGAGGGCAAAAGAGUUCAGGAUGGAGGACAAAAGCAGGUGAGGGAGGGUGAAAAAUGUGAAGCGGAAGAGACUGGUGCAGGGAAAGGAGAACGGAGGCAGCUGGAAGGUGAAGGCCAAGAAAGUGGAACCAAAGAGAAGGAAGACAGUGUAAAAGAGCAGGAGGAGAUAAAUAAGACGGAACAUGGACAAUUGUUGAGGCAGGACACAGAUGAUGAUCUCAACAAAUCAAUGGAAGACAAAUGUGACGCAACAAUGGAGAACGGAGGGAUUCAGUUCAACACUUCUGUUCAGAAAAGUGACAUUUCUGAUGAAGUUAACUCUGACGAUAUUAGAGCAGUGCCUUCUCCUAAAACUGAAACACAGCACAGUUGUAUCUCUACUGAACAGUCAUGUAGCAUAAGAGAAGAGGUAACAUCCAAAAUAAAGCCUUCAGAUAUCCAAGAAGAGACUCGCGAUGCUAAGGCAGGUGUACAAGGAAAUACCCAGGUGGGAACAGAUGCUGCAUCUAGUGAGGAUUCCCAGGCUUCUAUUAUACGCCUGGACAAGACGGAGGAGUGCUGCAUUUCUAAGGAGGACGUUAAAGCCAGCACGAUACCCUCAACAGAUGACGAGAACAAAAGAGAUUCAGACAAACAGUUCACCCUUUGUUCGGCGGAUGUAGUCACUAUGGACUCUGCAAAGCCGGAGGGGAGGACAGUCGAAGAUGAACUGACAACAAAGCGAAACCCAGAGCACAAGAAGAAGAAGAAAGCACCUCCCGCAAUACUGCGGGAAAUUGAUAAAGACGGAAAUGAGACAGUCAUCAGCGAUCACUCGACAUCUGCUGGCUUCAUCUUCCAAAACAAGCUCAUGUACGAGCUGGACUGACGUGCGCGACUUGCAGUUCUCAAAGUGAAAGGGUUUUCUAAUGUUGCAGUGGUUCUGUUUGCUUGUUCACAUUUUAAAACCCAGCCUCCCACUUAAGACACGUCAUGCGGUUACGUGACACGU